AUGAUAAAGAAAUUCAUAACAUCUUCCACUUCAUUAACAUCCACUGCUUCACUGAUCAGUGGAUAUUGUAGAUCAUCUAUCCAUCCAGCAUUGGUUGGAGCUAUUGGUUAUAAUCGUAAUAUUGCUACAAUUAAUACUACUACCUCUACUAUAAACAACAACAACAACACAUUUAAAAACUAUAGAUACUAUUCAACUGAUCAUAAUCAACAACAAGAACAACAACAACAACAACAACAACAACAACAACAACAACAACAAAGGAAAGAGAAUGUUUAUACAAAAGCAGAUUGGAGAUUAACAGGAGCAAAUAGAGAUUGGAACAAUUACAUUGCAUUUUUAAUUGGUGCUGCCAUCUCUGGUAUUAGUUUUGGUUCAACUGUAUUGUACCUAACAGAUCAAGAUGAUCAAAAAGAUAAACCUUCCUAUCUAUCUCGUAUACUCAAUUAUUUUUGGUGGUCACCUCCCAUUGGAUUAUGGAAUAAUACUGGUGAAUUGGUUAAAUACAUUGAUCUACUCCAAAGAGAUAGAUUAUCAAUUCAAGGUGUUCAAUUAUUAUAUGAAAUAUCAACUUAUCAAAGAGGAAGAGAAUUAUUAUAUAGAAAAGGAGUAUUUGAUAUGAUUGUUGAAAGAAUGAAUCAAACUGGAAAGGAUUUGGUGGUAGAUACCAAUACACAGAGUGGAAGAGACUAUUUAAAGAAUCUAGAGUAUCAAUUAUCACUACUCUUCCAACUAUCAAUGUUUAGUGGUGUUGAUAUACCCGACGCCACCAAAUCAAAGAUCAUUGAGCUCAAGAGACGAUACCCACAGAUUAAACUACAAGGCCCAUUCAACAAUGACUUUUUCGUUGAAAAGAGUCAGUUCUUGGGCAGACUACAAGAGAUGUAUGAGAGUCCUGUUGGUGCAGGUGGUGUGUUGGCGUAUGGCUUGGUCGGUGGAUUGUAUGCCUAUGUCAGACUGCGAAAGAGACCAUGGCAGACUGUAGCUGCUGGCAUUCGAAACACAGCCAUUGCAUCGGUUCUCGUGGCCGGUGUACACACCUAUCGUCGCUACUGUAACGACAAUGUCAUCUCUACGAGUAGAUCGUACAACCGCUACGUAUUCAAUGUCGAGGCCACUUCGAUCAUCUACAGCACUGCGUUGGUCGUAGCAGCAGGUAUGCCAAACAUCCUAUGGAUCGUUCCAACCACCAUCCUCUAUGCAGUCAUUAAUAUUUGGCAUGGUUUCCGUAUCUACAAAGAACUUAAAAAGGAUGUUGAAAAGGAAUUGAAAAAGCAAACUUUUGAACAUAGUCAUACUGAUCAUCAUCAUCACUUUAAUCAUAAUCAUAAUAAUGAUAAUGAUAACAAUUAA